GGAACAACAUGGAUGCUUGAUUGCAGAAACUGCAAAAGAGAUUAAACGGAGGUUUCGGCGGCCAGACUAAGACCAGAGGUCUAUCUGAUUUGUCUGGCGAGUUCCUGAAGUGGCGAAAUUAUUAUUUAUCCACAACCCGUCAGAUAGAAUGAGAGCAGUCAAUGUCUGUCUACUUCUGCUGUAUCUGAACGUCGGUAUGACAGAUAACCCUUCUCUUAAUGGUGACGCAGGCAGCAAUAAAAACGGUGGUGAACAUAAUGAAGAUGAAGACUGUCCUGUUACUCCAGGAGAAUUUAAGGAGAAUCACAUAAUAGAAGCAGUGGGUGGAACAAACAUCACUCUUCAGUGUUUUCCAAAAUUCUCUUUCAAUUUAAAAGAUGAUAUAAUACAAUGGUACAAAGAUAACAACACAGAAGACCUCUUUUUGGUUAAGGAAGUAAAACCUAAGAAACACAAAGAUUACAAAGACAGAAUAUCUUAUUCCACUGAAGAUCUGGAAAAAGGAAAUGCCUCCAUCACCCUCUCUAACGUGAGAAAGUCUGACGGAGGAAACUACUGCUGCUGUAUAGAGCGGAUACAUGAAAAUGGUAAAAACCGAACAUGCAUCAACCAAACUGUUGGUAAGAACUUUAAACACAACACACUAACAACAGCUAAUAAUGUAAUAACAUCACCAUUUAAUGGUGAAAAGAAACAGGAUCAAGACUUGGAUCUGACUACAGUGUGAGCACAGAGCAGCUGUAGGAAUCAGUGGUUUAGAAAACCUUCCUCAACAGUAGAAGUUGAUAUAAACUCUAAGAUGUGAUGCAACGUUGGGAUUUCCAAGUACAGAUUUGACUCAGGUGUCAAGGCAGAUGAAUAGAAUAGAAUAUACUUUACUGUGGUUAUAAAAUACAAAAUGUCCACCAUUCUUCUCCUGUGUUUUUCAUUAUAAUUCAAGGCAGUCAUCGCAAUGCAAGGCAGGUUUAUUUGUAGCAAAUUUCAUGUACAAGACAAAGUGCUUAAAAAACUUUUACUACAGAAGUAGUAAAAGGCAGCAACAAAAAACAAAAAUAAAAUUAAAAUCAUAAUAAAAUCAUAAAUUGAAAUUAUUAAAAGCAAGAUAAGUUUAACUGAACCAAACCGCACCAAAUUGUUCCGUCCUGGGUCGGACUCGUUGGUGGAAACAAGGCUUUUAGUUUAGGAAGUCGCGAUCUUUUGCCCCCAAGUCCGAGUCAU